GCAACCUCUUCUCUACCUGCUGGGUUUUGUUUUUUUUGUUGGUGGAAGGAUGGGGUCUGGAGGCAGCCUGGGAGUUGUCCUGUUGUGCUGGGUGCUGGCUGAAGCAGCAUCUUAUAGUCCUUGGGAUUUCUCUUCAAGGGACUCAGGAGUCUUGAGGGUCCGAGGGGACUCUUCUUGGAGGCCACCCCAGGUGCCUUCCUUCUCCCAGCCCUCCCCAUGGGCGUGGGUGGACGUGUCCCAGCUCCAGGCUGCGUCCCCACUGCACCCCGUGUCUGUGUGGUGCCAGGAGGCUCAGGUGGUGGUCACGGUGCACAGGGACCUCUUUGGCACCGGGCGCCUGGUCCGGGCUGCAGACCUGACCCUGGGUACGGCUGCCUGCCCGGCCACAGCCCAGAAUGCUGCUGAGAGCGUGGUGACCUUCACGGCUGGGCUGCACGAGUGCGGCAGCACCUUACAGAUGACAUCAGACUCCUUGAUCUACAAAACAAGUUUGUUCUAUAAACCUACUCCUGUUGGCAACAUGGUCAUUGUAAGGACCAGCCCAGCUGUGGUUCCUAUUGAGUGUCACUAUCCCAGGAAGGGCAACGUGAGCAGCAAUGCUGUCCGACCUACGUGGGUUCCCUUCCACUCCACACUCUCAAUGGAGGAGAAGCUGGUGUUCUCUCUGCGCCUCAUGAGUGAUGACUGGAGGACUGAGAGGCUCUCCAAUGGUGUCCAGCUGGGGGAAAGCCUGCAUCUCCAGGCUGAUGUCAUGGCUGGGGGCCACAUACCACUGAGGCUGUUUGUGGAUGACUGUGUGGCUACUCUGAGCCCUGACAGGAACUCCUCUCCCCGAUAUGCCCUGAUUGACCUCAGCGGGUGCUUGAUGGAUGGGAGAGCGGAUGAUGCCACUUCAGCCUUCAUAUCUCCACGGCCAAGGCAGGAAACUCUGCAGUUCAUGGUGGAUGCAUUCAAGUUUGUAGGAGAUGACAGAAACUUGAUCUACAUCACCUGUCACCUGAAGGUCUCCCCGGCAGACCAGGCCCCCAAUCCACUGAACAAAGCCUGUUCCUUCAACAAAGCCAGCAGCCUCUGGGCUCCUGUGGAGGGUACUGGAGAUAUCUGCAGCUGCUGUGAGACAGGCAACUGUCCGUUAUAUGGAGGAUACUCCCGGAGAACUAACCCUCUGGCCAGAUGGUCAGGGAGACGCUUGAAGAGGGACACUUCUUCCAAGCAAGAUGGGUCCUUGAGGAGAGCAGAAGCUGAAGUCUCAGUUGGACCACUGCUAAUCCUUGAUCCAGCUCGGGGAUUGUGGAGUUCCUCAGGACGCCGUGUGCCAGCAGGGAAGGCACCACAGGGUGCUGCUGGAGGACUUCCCAUGCUGGUUCAAGUAGCCAUGCUCAUAGCUGCUGUUUUGCUGACCUUAACUGCCCUUGGAAUAUUUCUUGUGUGUAAAAGAUACAGUCACCCUCCCAGUGUGUCUCUGUAAUUCCCUGUUCCUAAUAAAAAGAAAUGUUUCUGUCCUCCCUUUGCCCUCAGUGGGAAGGAGGAAUGGC